ACUUCCAUGAUUACACCCAUAGUUUCCUACUUGUUUUCCAACGCCCCCAUUUGUUCACUUCUGUCUAUAGGACUCUCCUUUAUUUAUUACUACGCUCUGAAACCCUAGAUCUCCAUCAUCUGAAAUCGGACGAUAGCUCACAGAGAUUGCUUCGAACAAUCAGAAUCGAAGACUAGUUUAUAGAAUUUACUGAAAAUGCUUGGUGAUGGUGAAAACCCGGCUGAAAGCCAAAACCCUGAUACUGAGGGGGGAAAUUCUACGAUUGAUGCACUGGCGCGAAAAGUUCAUGAAUCACUCUCUCUGGCAAAGAGACACAAAUUUUGGGAAACCCAACCUGUUGGGCAGUUCAAGGAUCGUGGGGAUGCGAGUUUGUCUGAAGGUCCCAUUGAACCUCCAACGCCAUUGUCUGAAGUCAAACAAGAACCUUAUAAUCUUCCCGGUCCAUAUGAAUGGAUCACUUGUGAUAUGGACUCUGAGGAGAUGUGUGCAGAGGUUUAUAUCCUUCUGACCAACAACUAUGUUGAGGAUGAUGAGAACAUGUUCAGGUUUAACUAUUCGAAGGAGUUCCUUCGUUGGGCACUUCGCCCCCCCGGUUAUUUCAGGAGCUGGCACAUUGGAGUGCGAGUCAAAAGUUCAAAAAAGUUGGUUGCUUUUAUUACUGGUGUUCCUGCUAAAAUCCGGGUCCGUGAUACUGUUGUCACCAAGGCGGAGAUCAAUUUCCUCUGUGUUCAUAAGAAGCUUAGGUCGAAAAGACUUGCUCCUGUCAUGAUUAAAGAGGUGACUAGGAGGGUUCACUUGGAGAAUAUCUGGCAAGCGGCCUACACUGCUGGGGUGAUUCUUCCUACACCCAUAUCAACUUGCCAAUAUUGGCACAGAUCUUUAAAUCCAAAAAAGCUUAUUGAUGUUGGGUUUUCAAGGCUUGGUGCGAGGAUGACAAUGAGCCGAACAAUAAAGUUGUACAAGCUACCAGAUUCAACAGUCACUCCUGGGUUCAGAAAGAUGGAGCUACAUGAUAUUCCUGCAGUUACGCGUCUGCUUAAGAAUUACUUGAGUCAGUUUGUUGUUGCACCUGACUUUGAUGAAAAUGAUGUGGAUCACUGGCUUCUUCCAAAAGAGGAUGUUGUGGACAGUUAUCUGGUUGAAAGCCCUGAGACUCACGAGAUUACUGAUUUUUGCAGUUUUUACACGCUUCCUUCAUCAAUUCUUGGCAACCAGAACUACUCAACUCUGAAGGCUGCUUAUUCUUACUAUAAUGUGACUACAAAGACUCCAUUGCUUCAGCUGAUGAAUGAUGCUCUUAUUGUGGCGAAACGAAAGGACUAUGACGUUUUCAAUGCCUUGGAUGUUAUGCAAAAUGAUUCCUUUCUGAAGGAACUGAAAUUUGGGCCAGGGGAUGGGAAACUCCACUAUUACCUCUACAACUAUCGAAUAAAAGAUGUUUUAAGACCAUCAGAGCUGGGGCUUGUGCUUUUGUAGUUGGCAGUUAGUUUCUGCAUGCUCCAAUGAGGACAUAUUUGGUCAAGUAAAAGUAUUGGAAAGGAAAAAGGUAUAGGAACUGGAUGCUUUUCAACCAUGGAUGCUUAUUCAGCCAUACUAGUAUUUGGACAUAACUUUUUAAAAGGUGACCAUGGAUGCUUGGUGCUGAGGAAAACUUAAAUGUGCUGGGUGUAGUAAUGACAUGCUAUCUCGCACUAAUUAUACAUUGAAACAUAAAUAAGAAAACAUCUAUUUUAGUGGAUCCUAUCACUGUGUGUCGGUGUAUAAUUAGUGCGUGAUAUUAUGUCAUUAAUACAUUCGGAACAUGUAAGUUUUUCUCGUUGGUGACGAUAUCGCAGGAAGUUAUUCCUCCUCACUGGCUUUGCAAGUUGAACCAGGGGGAGAGGGGGGAGGAGUUGCAGUCGGGCCUGAAUUGUUUUGAUUCUAAACCACCUGUUCUUAGGGACCGUGGUGGAGACUAGCCUAGUUGCAAUUCUUCCUACUAUAGUUUCUGGGUUCUUAUGAAAUGUGGCCCUGAGGCGACAAUGAACACCCAACUCCUUGGAGUUUAUGUUUUCAGAAUCAUAAUCUUGUAUGUGGGACUGCUUAAUAGCAGAAUGAUGCUCCUGCUGCAACUUAAUUAAGUGGUUAAAUGUGAUAGUAGUGCGUGUUGCUGCUACACCUACCAAAGAGCUUCGCCAAGAGAUCUUGACAGCUUUUCUUACCAAGGGUUUAAUCUCAAAUAUAGAAUUCUUCUCACACAGCUGUAGUAUGUAUAUACAACUAACACAUAUAUAUACAUGUGUAUAAGUGAAGAUAAGAUAUGUCAGUCUUUUCAUUACCCUAUGAACACUGAAUGGACUGGUGAGAACAGUACGCAAUGGGUGCAGUUGAAGAUCCGGUAGGGAGAUUACUGUGUUAGGGAGUCGCUGCGCUACCAAAGGAGUUUUUACCCUUCUAUGCCGAAGGGCUGGCCGAGAAAGCCCGGCCCCCUUCGGCCCGGUGGGGCUGAACGGAAUGGGUGAGUACAUCGCUUCUUUCCGUUAGCUCUUUUCUCAAUCGACCACUGGGAAAGAGAGGUCAAGUGUUCAAGUUUUGCUAGGGAGAAAAUGGCAAUAAUGGCGUGUGCCAUGGAGGGAUAAAACAAGGGAUAUACUGUAAUGAAGUUUAUAUCUCAAUCUCCCAACUUUGAGAAUCGGCUCGUGUCUAUUCAUAUGUACACAAUAAAUCAUUUGUUAAGAAAGUAAAUAUCGAUGUUGAUCCUGCCAAAGCGAGGUACCAGGAAACAUGGACAAAUGACAAAAUCACAUUUUAAUCAUUGACCGAGUACUUACUCCUAAAUUUUUGAGGAAUGAAAAUGUUUUUGCUUCAAUAAAUACAAAGUUCAGAGUGCAUUCCUGUCAGGGCAAUAAAAACUACCCCUAUUUGAUAAAAGAGAGCUGAUGACUGCCACCUAAAUUCUGUUAAAUUUAUACACGGGAUCAUAAAUUUCAACACGGAGACUCUCAUCACAUUUACACGGCUGUCACUUGAGCACAGAGAAGCACAUCACCUUGCGAACCUGUAAAAUCAAGUAGAAAGAGAAUUACCGAUACAAUUAGAAGAAAAAAAGGCAACAAAAAUUGAAGAAUGUUGCACUUCCAGUAUUACAUUGUCCAUAAAUCUCUUUCACUAGUUGUAGCAAUGACUCGGUAUCUUCUGCCAUCCUUGAGACUCUUUCUGCCUCUUUAACUGCUUCAGCUGCAACAAAUGAC